AAUGACAUCCUGGUGGUCAGCGCCCUCGGCAGAUCCCUGGAUCUGGGGGCGCUCUACGACGCCAGGAAUGACAAAUUCAUAAAAGGAUUCUACCUCUGGAAUUCUGAGGACAUACAGAGCAAAACACGUGUCAGUCCACAGCCCAACACACGUCUCCAGGUGUCAAUGUCUGAGUCCCUCAGUGAGAAGACCAGUCUGUUGGACGUGAGCGCCUCAGUGAAGGCCAGCUUCCUCUGUGGGCUGGUGGAGGUGGGAGGUUCUGCAAAGUACCUCAACCAGAAGACCUCCUCCAGUCGUCAGUGCAGUGUCACCCUGGGUUACCAUGUGAACACCGAGGUUAAAGAGCUCAUGAUAUCAGAACUAGAGACUCCAAAGCCGGAGUUGUUUGCCAUGACAGAUGCCACACAUGUUGUGACUCAGGUGCUCUAUGGGGCUGAUGCAUUCAUGGAAUUCCAAGAAAUGGCCAGCGAUGAUUCAAAAAAGCAAGAAAUUCAGGGAAACCUGACUGUGAUGAUCAAGAAGAUCCCAACAAUUGAGAUCAGUGGGGAUGGAAGCCUAAACAUGGAUGAUCAAGACAAGAAGAAGGUGAAGAACUGCAGCUGCAAAUUCAAUGGUGACUUUUACCUGAAAGACCUCCCUUCUACAUUCGAGGAGGCAGUGAAGGUGUACAAAGAGCUACCCAGUCUGUUGGGGGAGAAAGGAGAGAAGGCUGUGCCUGUGAAGGUCUGGUUGUAUCCACUGAGCAAGCUUAGUAAUACUGAGUCCAAGCUGAAGAGAAUGAUCUCAGAGACACUGGUUUCUCAGCUAGAGAAGGUGAUGGAUGAAUUCCACCAAGCUGAGGUGAGAACCAACGACCUGCUGAAGAGUAGCAAAGAGAUCAAGGCUAAAGAUAUCAUUCGCAAACUGAAGACGUUCCAAAACAGUCUGAGGUUUUUCACCGCUCAGUUCCUACGGAAAAUGUCAGGCCUGAUCCCGGCCAUCAGAGGAGGCAACAUGGAGGAAACGGCCCUGAGAGACCUCCUGAAGUCCCGGGAUGCAUCUGGCUUCAGUGGGAAAGAAAUGGAACAGUGGCUGGAUGGAAAGGAGACUGAGAUCAACGUGGUCACAAUGAACAUCAAAGCAAUACCAGAUUACAUGAUUAAAGCUGAAGGCUUUGAGCUUGAGACUUUCCUCAUGGGCCCAAAAGUCAUAGAUGCCUUUGUGUUCUGCUUCACCUCUCUGAUUUACGAGGAGCCGUACUUGAAAAAAAUUUCACAGGCAGUUGAGAACUUCAAGUGUGGAUCCACCAGCAGCACUCCUGAACAGGAUCCAACACAGGAAGUUCCCUGGUACAAGAGACAAGAUGUUAAUGAGAACCUGCGCUCCUCACGCAGGCUCUUUGAAAGUGCAUCCUUCAAGAAAGUGAUCAGUUUCAUUCCAGACCCAGAGCGCCCGGGAGCUGCAGUCCGCUGGUAUCGUGAAUCUGUCCUGAUGGACCCACAUGUAACAAGCCUCCCACUACAACAAUCCUGGGCCUGUAAGCUCACACUGGACCCAGACACGGCGCACCUUAAUGUCAGUCUGUCUGGGAGGAAGGUGACAUGGGUGGAGGCGCCACAGCCAUAUCAUAAUCCUAUCAGCCAUAAGAGAUUUGAUUACUGGUGGCAGGUGCUGAGCAAAGAGCCACUGAUUGGACGCUGCUACUGGGAGUGUGAGUUGGUAGGGAAGAGUUAUAUGGGUGUGGUCUAUGAAAGCAUGAAUAGAAAUGGAGAGGGAAAUGAUUGCGUACUUGGCGGGAAUGCAAAGACCUGGUGUUUGAUGCAGCUCGAUGGCCACCACUCCAUCUGGUACAAUGAUACUAAUGAGAGUGGUAACAUCCCUAUCCCCCAGUCCUCUUCCAGAGUGGGAGUGUUUCUGGACCGUGAGGCCGGCUCUCUGUCCUUCUACAGCGUCUGCUUUGACACACUCACACACCUGCACACCUUCAAAACCACAUUCACCAAUGAGACCCUUUAUGCAGGCUUUGCCACUGAGUAUAAAGACGGCUCAGUGACCUUGUGCUAG